AUGACAUGCGAUGAACUUGAUAAUUUACAACAGAAGAAAAUAGUUAUUCGUCGUCGAAAAUUAGUUUAUUAUCAUUUAAAUUAUAAAUUUGAACAUUUUUUCAUCUUAGAAGAAGUAAAUCUCCUCGACAAAAAUUUCCAUCUGAAAUUCUUGAUGCAAUCAAAACCUGUCGGUUUAGAUGAGAAUCAAUUGAAAACAAUCCCUUAUGAAAAAGUCAAAACAUCAUCUCAGUCGAUUCGUAUUAGUCUUUCAUUAUAUUCAUCCCCACAACGACGACGACGACGAUGUUCUUCUUCAUUUAAUCGAUCUAGUUCAUAA